AUGCGUUUCGCUUUGGGUGCGGCCUUCAGCCUGCUCUCUUCAGCGGCUUUGGUUACAGCUCAGACAUAUACCAACUGCAAUCCGCUCCAGAAGACCUGCCCAGCGGACCCAGGAUACGGCAAAUCCGAUCAAAAAGUCGAUUUUACCUCCGGCGAAUCUGCAGACUUUACUGCAACUGGAAGCGUCUCCUACGAUUCCACCAAUGGCGCCGCGUUUACCAUCUCCAAAAAGGGCGACGGUCCUCUGAUCCAAUCCAACUGGUAUAUUAUGUUUGGCAAAGUCGAGUUCACAAUCAAAGCUGCUCCGGGAACAGGUAUUGUCAGCAGUGCGGUGCUUCAAUCCGAUGACCUUGAUGAAAUCGAUUGGGAGUGGCUUGGAGGCGACGACAGCAAAGUUCAGACCAACUAUUUCGGCAAAGGAGAUACAAGCACCUACAACAGAGGUGCCUUCAGUGAUAACGCUGGUAAUCACGAUGAUUUCCAUACCUAUUCAGUGGACUGGACGAGCAGCCAGAUCGUAUGGGCAAUUGAUGGCAAGACCGUCCGUACUCUUACUCCCUCAACUGCAGACACCAACCAAUACCCCCAAACACCCAUGAUGAUCAAGGUCGGCGUGUGGGCUGGUGGCGACCCGGAUAACGCCCAGGGUACUAUUCAAUGGGCUGGUGGUGAGACGGACUACAGCCAGGGCCCCUUCACUAUGUACAUGAAAUCGAUGAGCGUGACAGACUACUCGACUGGAAGCUCGUACACCUACAGUGACAAAACUGGCACUUGGCAAUCCAUCACCGCUGAUGGGGGUAAGGUUAACGGCAAUAGUGCUGAAGAGCCCGCAUCAACCCAAUCUGCACCCGAGGUGACCGCCACCGUGGAUAUUCCCGUUCCCUGGAGCGGAACUCACAAGGAAACUUCAUCCUGGGUAACCCCUGACGUUUGGCCUUGGGUUGCUACAGAUUCGCCAACAGCCGGUGCAACUAGUCUCCCCAGUGGUUGGGAAUCUGGCUCUGGCCAUCUUCAACCACCAAGCGGGGGUUCCAUGAUCUAUGUCCCUCUCUACAUCACCGGUCUCGGGCUCUUGGUCGGUUUCCUCUUCCCUCUCUGGGGUUAA